AUGAAUACUAUAAGGUCGACGUGGAUCGGCUGGGGAGUGCUCUGUGUCGCCGGAGGAGGCGCCUACUAUUUUGCAAAGAAAUCCAUCAAUGCCGACCGAGCUGCCCGAUUUGAAGCUGAACAGCAGAGAAAAGCUCGCCUACAACGUCUAGAGGAUUCGCACAUUGCUUUCAACAAACAACCUUCUACCUCGAAGUCGAAAGCCAAAACAAAAGAGCAGGCCGACCCGUGGAAGGGAUCUCAAAAUACCAAAGGGCUAGAUCAUGCAGGCAGUCCUAGCAGCGAGAUAAGCGAAGACGCGGCACCCGUCGGACAUGCUCCGGUCGACGGUGAACAGAGAGUCCGAGAGAAGAGCAAGUACGAAGCUGCAGAGCCGUACCGAAGCAAGAAAGGUGACAGAUUGGGGUGA